UGAAACUUCUCGGUACGAACAAGUAAGGAAAGAAAAGAAAAGAAAGUCCAUAGAAAUAUCGGGAAUUAAGAAAUCAUAUUCAUAAUCAUAGCAAUUAGCCAAUUACUUACUGACUUUGAAAUUUUGUACCCCUAAUUCCUAAAUUUAGGAUUGUCUGAUCUCUCACCUUCAAUUACAUUUCAGUACAAAUCAUCUUGGACUUCAUCAAUGGCUAGGAAACCCGGAGAAGAAUACGACUAUUUGUUCAAAGUCGUACUUAUUGGCGAUUCCGGAGUCGGCAAAUCCAAUCUUCUUUCUCGAUUUACUCGCAAUGAGUUUUGUUUGGAAUCUAAAUCCACUAUUGGCGUCGAAUUCGCCACUCGAACUCUUCAGGUUGAAGGAAGAAAUGUGAAGGCCCAGAUAUGGGAUACAGCUGGUCAAGAGCGUUACCGAGCAAUCACAAGUGCCUACUACCGGGGUGCUCUGGGUGCUCUUUUGGUGUAUGACGUUACCAAACCCACCACAUUCGACAAUGUGAGCCGGUGGCUGAAGGAGCUACGUGACCAUGCAGAUGCCAACAUUGUGAUUAUGCUUAUAGGGAACAAGACUGAUCUCAAGCAUCUUCGUGCUGUGGCCACCGAGGAUGCUCAGAGUUUUGCUGAGAAAGAGGGUCUUUCUUUUAUAGAAACAUCUGCUCUCGAAGCAACAAAUGUUGAGAAGGCAUUUCAAACCAUUCUCUCUGAGAUAUAUCGGAUUAUCAGCAAGAAGACGCUAACGUCUAAUGAAUCAGCACCUGCAGCACUUGCAGGAGGACAAACUAUUCUUGUCGGAGGAGCAUCCGAGACUGGUGCGAAAAAGCUUUGUUGUUCAUCAUCCUAGGCGUAAACUUCAAGUCAGAUUUGCUCUUGAUUUAUUUAUUGUGAAUUCGAGAUUUUCUUGACUUCUAUUGUUCCCUUUAUUUCUCGGCUUCUUUAGUUUUAUCCUUCCCAUAUUUUGCAUCCCAGAUACCAACUGAGUUCUUUCAAGUAAAAGGUUGUAUUUUUUGAAUUAUUUAAAUUUAAUUUAUGACAAGUAAAAAUACUUUUUGGUUGAA